AUAAUUUUCCUGCAUAAGUUGUAAGAGAAUCAGUGGGUGAAGAAACUAGAAAGUCAGGCAGCCAUAUUUGUUGCUUUCGUAUGUAUGUAAAAAGCAAAAGUAUUUUUUUCCAAAAAAAACGAACAGAAUAGGAAUCCUUCAUAGAUGUCUGAAGACAAAAUAAUUUACAGCAAGAGUAAUGCAAUGUCCAUCCAAGAAUUGAUUGAUUUGCUUGAACAAUCAAAAACUUUGGCAACCAACAAUCUAAUGAAUCUUUGGUGCAUCAAAAAAUUGGUUCUGAGAUUCGGAAAGUUUUUUCCGGUUUUCAUAAUGUGCGUGAAUAUUCCGUCAGGAAUAACGGUACUAGACGUUUUUAAAAACGAGACUGCGAUAGCAGCAUUAAUGUUCCUUGUUUUGCUAAUUAUAUUGUUAACUGAUAGUGUAAUUUUCCUUUUUUUGUUUUUAUUUUCAGUGGUAGCAAGUUUAAUUUUCAUUUUUAAAGGGCUUAAUAUGAUGAAUAUGCGGGGGUAUUAUUUGAUAGAAGGAAACAAAACAUACAGUGAGGAAAAGAAAAAGUUAAACAAUGAGGUAUAUAAACCUCUGGAAGAAAUAUCUCAGCAAUUGACAUCGUUUUUAGAAUUGGCUCUGGACAAAAUUGAAAUUAAACAUUUUUAAAUGGAUUUGGCUCGUGACAAAAAAUUAUAUUUUUUCAUAUUAGGUAACAUUUUUAGAACAAUUCCAUUUCGUACCUUAGCUAUGUUAUAGUUAAGUUUUUCUCAAAUUUCAAUUUGCUUUUACUACAUUUUAUUUUCUACAGAGAAAAAACCGCAAUUUUUGCUUUUUAUUUUAAUUCUAUAGUGCAAAAAGCCUAUAUUAUUCUAUAAUUAGAUAAAAUAGCGUGCAAAGAAUUCAUAUUUUUCUUUAUUGGUUAAUAAUUAGUUAAGUGAAGUCAUUGUUUUCCUAAAAAAUUUUUUUUUAUAUAAAAGGAGAAAAAUCAACAACAUUUAAUCAUGGAUAUAUUUCACGACUACAGUUUUACAGAAUUUUCAUGGUUGUAUGGGGUCACAAUAAGUAAGUUUCGCAUGUGCUACUAGUAAACUUUAAAAAUAAGAUCUUUUAGAAUAUUUUACGUAUUUUUAAGGUAGUAACAGCAUUUUAUAACCUUCGUUUAAACAUAGUCAUAAGAAAAAAAGAUAGGCUGGUAAGAAACAAUGA